UGGGAGAACUUGCACAAUUAGUGGCUGACUAAAUACUUUUUUGCCCCCGGAACUGACCCUCUCACAAUCGUUCAACCCAAAUCACAGCCGUGCAACCCCAAAGAAUUGUAGGCCUCUACGACCCUUGUCCAUACUGCAAAAGCAUUCCAGGGAAAACACUUACCAGCUGUUGUUGAAGGUCCAACGCAGAUGUUUUCUAUCUCUAUAUCAAAUCAUUUCUAGCAAUUAAUUACCUUGCUGUGAUUAUCAACCAUUUCAAAAAAUUAUGAACCUUAGCAACAAUUGAAAUGGCUUUUCAAGCAAGAAUUGUGCUUGGACUGUCUGGGAGGGGUCCAAUGGAGGCUGCUGAGGGGAGGACGGCUGGAACAGAUUAAAUGGAAUGGCAUCAAACACAUGGAAACUAUGGGUUUGAUGUGUUUGAUACCAUUCCACUUAUUCCGCUCCAGCCAUUACCACUAGCCUGUCCUCAGGAAAAACUGAAAAUUAUCUGUUAUUGUCAGUGGUUUGGAACUCUUUCAUAAUGACUAAUUGUCCGUAUGGUGAUGUCAACAUGGAAGGCCAAAACGCCAUCUUACCAAAACAGGCAGGAAUUAUCUUUUCAAACAGCCCUUACACAAAUUUUAUUUCAUUUUUUAAAUUUAACCUUUAUUUAACUAGGCAAGUCAGUGAAGAACAAAUUCUUAUUUUACAAUGACGGCCUUCCGGGGAACAGUAUGUUAACUGCCUUGUUCAGGGGCAGAACGACAGAUUUUUUUACCUUGUCAGCUCGGGGAUUUGAUCCAGCAACCUUUCGGUUACCGGCUCAACGCUCUAACCACGAGGCUACCUGCCGCCCCCAAAAAUGGCAUUAUCAUAAUUUUCACAGUAUUAUUCCAACCUCAUUGUGUGGAAAUAUGUAUAAAACUCAGGAAAAUCAUGUUAUUGACUGCACUGGACCUUUAAAUUAGUCAUCAAGGCUGUACUAUUGCAAAGUACUCUUCAUCAGGAUCCCUGGCAGGAGUCUCCAGAAGCGCCAAUAUAUCCAGAACAGCGCUGCAAGGAUCUUGAUGAGAGUGCAGAAACACCGUCACAUCACCAUCAUCCCGGAAUCUCUGCACUGGCUCCCUGUCUCAUUCCCGGAUUGAAUUCAAAACCCUCUUGCAGUCUUUCCAGUGUACUCAUGGCAGUGCCCCUUUUCUAUCUCAAAUAACUUUUCUCUCUCCAUAACCCCACCCGCACCCUCAGGUCAAGCGAUAUUCUGCUCUCCCACACCCCCCAGGACCAAGUUCCGCUCCUUGGGGGAUCGGGCAUUCUGCUCGACCGCCCCAAACCACUGGAAUGCACUCCCGGACCACCUGAAAGCACAACAGACUCUGGGCUCCUUUUUUAAAACGGGCCUAAAGACCUUUCUCUUUUAGGAAGGCUUUCUGUUGAUAGCUGUGCUCCUUGGUGUCCUUGUCUCUUAUAGUGUGAGCUGGGUUAUUUGUGUCAGUUGCCCUGUCUAGUUGUGUCCAUUUCUUUUUCUAUUUGGUAAAAAAAUCUAGAUUUUAUGCACUUAGAGAUGAUUCUGUAUAAUGAAAAGCACUUUUAAAAUGUAUUAAAUUAUUCAAGCUUGGACACUUGAAAUUAAGUGAGGAAAGUCACUCAACUGGAAUGUCAGAAUUUGAGCAUUACAUAGAAAUCACAUUUGUACAGAAAUUAUGUUUACAGCAGUUUAUUAAGUAUUUAAGUAGUGAUAAGUAGAGUGAUGUCAUGUGUUUUUGUCAGUUGUUUAUGUUAGUGUAUUAUAUAACUCACAUUCAAUACCCAAUCCAAUGUUUUAAAAAGCUGCACAAAUAAUCUUGAAAAACACGGUAAUAUGAAGACAUUUGAGAAGCAACUCAAACCUUUUGUCGGACCAAAAAGAAGAAGAAAAAAAGCAAUACGGGGUACAUACCAGUGUAGGGGGAGGACUCAGAGCAAUGCAUGUCAUCAUUGACAUCAGGAGGCAAAUGAUGUCAUAGUGAUGUCAAUGCCCUUAAUUGUGAUUGCACACAUAGCUGGUGGUUUUGGAGAUAUUUCUGUUCGAGAGCUGAGAUAAAGGGUUUCUUUUGGACCUCUUAAGAACAGAUAUGGCUGUUGCUGGGGAUGAGACUGAGUCAGCUUCCACUGGUGACAUGUCAGGCUACCAGAUCUGCACUCCCACCUCCAGCCUGCCCCAGGGCGUUGUGAUGGCUGGCUCCCCAGGCUCCCUGCACAGCCCCCCACACGUGGCUGACGAGACCACACGCAAGAGACAACUCCGCCUCAUGAAGAACAGGGAGGCUGCCCGCGAGUGUCGCCGAAAGAAGAAGGAAUAUGUAAAAUGUCUUGAGAAUCGGGUGGCUGUGCUCGAAAAUCAAAACAGGACUCUCAUUGAGGAACUAAAAGCGCUUAAAGACAUCUAUUGCCACAAAGUUGAAUGACCACAGACUGCUAAUGGCUUGAGGGUGUGCGCCGCAGUAACAGUUUACAGAUAACUGUAAUGGUAUCCUGGAGAAUCCGCUUUGACUCGAUGUCCAGCAUCUGCUCUCACAUACCAAAAUAUACAAAAACAACACCUCUUUUCCCGAUCCACUUGUUUCGAAGACAUGUUCCGUACUGUCGUCAUACAACAUUUGACAGUAUCUGGCCAGUUGUGGCGCGAGUACAGCGAGUAUUAUGAGGUGCCCCUGUUGCUUUUCCUUGUUGCAGGCAGGCAGCCAAAGAGUGCCGGCGGAGGAAGAGAGAGUAUAUUCGCUGUCUGGAGACUCGCCUCACCAUGCUGGAGGCCCAGAACAAGAAGCUCGUGGAUGAGCUAAACUACUUUAAGGAAAUGUAUGGAAUUAAGUCGAGUC